AUGCAGCAGCACUGGUCCUCCACCACUCAAGCCAUGAGAGCAUGGAUGGCCAGCCCAGUGGGGCGCCUGGUCCGUGUGGAGGUGCUGGUCACCCUUAGCUGCACCCUCCUCAUCACACUGGUGUUGCUAGGCUCCAGCCGGCGCGCCAGCCACAGUGCUGCCUUCCGCCUUGUUGUCUGGUCAGCACUCAUGUUGAGUUAUCCAGCGGUGUCCUACACCAUUGGGCUGAUGCAGUCCGGCGCUUUCAGCAGUGAGCUCAUUGUCGUCUGGGCUUGUUUCCUCCUUGGUUGCGCCGAUGGCAUUGCUUCUUGCAGCGUCGACGACUCUGACCAGCAAGCCCGCACCAUGCUGAACCAGACUGCCCAGAUCAUCUAUGUGUUCUUCCUCCUCUUUUCUUAUGCCAGUUCUUUGCCGUCACAUCUGAAAAUUAUUCUCUUGUUGAUCUGCUUGUUGAUUGUCGCCAAGCUUGGAGUGCGCGUGAAGAGCUUUUUGUCAGUUGGUAGGGAUCGAGUCCUCUCUAUCGAGAACCGGCUCAUCACCAUGUAUAUGCGAGAUAAGAAAAAUCUCUUGGUUAGCGGUGAGGCAGACCUGGAGGAUGGGCGCGGGGAGUACAAGUUCAAUGUCCCCAAUAGUGUCGUCACCAUCGAAAUGGUUUGGCAGUGCAAGGGACAGUUACUGAACUCAGACAACCCACAAGCACGAAGACUAAAAGAUCUCUGUCUCUCAUUUGCCUUGUUCAAACAGCUAAGGCGACGCCUCAGUGGGUGCUCUUUGCGCCUGCAUGGGCAGACGCACUUUGAUGGAUCAGCUGAGUAUGAGAGACACAUCUUUCCUGAUCAUGAUACUGGGAAUGAUGUUGACUCCCAGGAGAGGAUGUACCGCAUUGUCGAGGUCGAGCUUGGCUUUCUCUUCGAUUUCUUCUAUGCAAGGUACCCAUCUCCCAGAGAAAGUCUUGUCCCUGAAACCAUUCUGUUCUUGGCAGUUCUGGCGACAAGUCUUUGUACCCUCUUCAUCCUCACCCUGUUCAACUACCAUUCCCCUGACAGCGACAUGAACAUUUCCACCACGGGCUUCGACAUAUGGUUGACUAGAAUGGUAAUAAUCUUGUUUGUGCUCCUGGAAUCGUUUCAGUACUCCAUGCUUGUGUUCUCCGACUGGCACAAGGUGACAAUGCUGAGCCGGUAUGUCCAAAAUAAAUCGUGGCAAAAGCGUCCCAUAUUGGAGAUGCUACUAGGUCUCAUGUGCCGUGUUACACUGAAAAGACAGUACUGGAGCAACUCGGUUGGGCAGUACUCACUUCUGCAUACCUGCAUCCGCUCUGAAAACGAGCUCAUAUUUCGCCUGCCGCUCCCCAGUUUGAUCAGACGUUUCCUGGUGAGGAAUAUGAUGAUGACUCGCAAGGAUCUGCCCAUGACAGUGAAGCACUCAAUCCACAGCCAUGGUGCAUGCUUAUCUUCACUUCUACACGGCCAGAUCACUUUGCAAUCUGUGGAUAGAAUUCAGACGGGCAUUCUUCAAGAGCUUUGUCCAACGAUCUCCAAUCAGAGUGUCAUCCGUAGCAUGCUGAUUUGGCACAUUGCUACUACACUAUGUAGCUAUAAAUCAGAAGCCAGCAUGGUGGCAGCAGAGAGAGACACCAUCAAACACCAUGAGGUGGCCACCACACUCUCGGACUACUGUGCUUACCUUCUGUUUUAUGCACCGGAACUGGUAACGAAAAAUUACCGCAGCACACAAAUAUCAAUGGAAGUCCUGCAGAGCACAGCGCAGCAGUGCCUUGGAGGAUGCCGUUCUACGGAUGAGUUGUUAAAUAAACUCUCCAAUUUCCAACCAAAGGGCAGCCAAGAUGAUGACGAUGACCAUGCCCAAUACAGAAAUUUCCGAGGAAAGGACAAUUAUGACAAGUAUGAAGCUAUUUUGGCCAGUGGAAGAAAGCUCGGAUUUGAUAUCAUUCGACUGUUUCCUGACAACAAAGCACGAUGGAAAAUGCUUGCCAUGCUGUGGACAGAGAAACUCAUGUCUAUCGCACCAUCGGAUAAUGUGAUGGAGCAUGUUAAGAAACUUGCCACAGGUGGUGAGUUCAUCACACAUGUAUGGGCCUGGUUGACGCACAACGGCAUUAUGACACAGCCAACAGAGUUCUUUCCUUAG